AUGUCUCACCGGGAGACCCCUACUGAAGAAGAGAUCAUCGACCCAGUUGAAGCCAAAAAGGUUCUGCGAAAGAUCGACUGGCGAAUUAUUCCCUUGCUCCAAUUCCUGUACAUGUUGACGUUUCUCGAUCGAGUGAAUAUUGGGAAUGCAAGAUUAUGGAAUCUGGAGCGUGAUCUGAAGAUGUCGGGUUACGAUUACAAUAUCGUCGUGUUGAUCUUCUAUAUCCCUUACAUAAUUCUUGAGAUCCCAUCGAACUACUUUUUCAACCGGGUCGAACCUAGAAAGUUCAUGGCUAUCAUCAUGAUGGGAUGGGGAUUGACGGUUACCUUUGCCGGGUUUUCGCAAAGCUAUGCGGGACUUCUCAUCUCUCGCGUGUUCAUCGGGAUAUUCGAGGCUGGGAUGUUUCCUGGUUGCAUCUAUCUGAUCUCUGGAUGGUAUCGCCGACAUGAGCUUCUAACUCGUAUGGCUUUCUUCUUUGUCGCUAACGACAUCGCGGGAACCAUAUCAGGAUUGCUUGGCGCUGGCUUGGGUUCCCUGGACGGAGUAAACGGCUACUCGGGAUGGCGAUGGAUUUUCUUCAUCGAGGGGUCAAUGACAAGUCUUGCGGCGAUUCUCGCUUGGUUCUUUGUACCCCCGUUCCCCGAGGAGAGUACUUUCUUAACUCCGACGGAGAAGAAAUGGCUGUUGCAAAGAUUAAAGGCAGACAACAAGGGCAUGUCCCAUGAAAAGAUGACGAUAGGUUCAGUCUUGGAUUCUCUUAAGGAUUGGAAGGUCCUCACCUCCGGAGUCAUAUAUCUAGGGGUCUGCACCACGGCGUAUUCCAUCUCAGUGUUCCAGCCAACUAUUCUCCUUACCUUUGGAUGGGGUGACCUCAAGUCUAACCUGUUGAGCGCGCCACCACGAGUCGCGUCCGGGAUUAUCUCUGUGAUGGUUGGUACCUGGUCAGAUCGAAUCCAACGUAGGGGAAUAUUCUGCCUCGGUGGAUUUUUGCUUAGCAUAUUAGGUUUACUUCUCAUAGCGUUCUUGGAGGGAGAUUUGAGGUACAUGGGGAUAUACUUUGCAGCGAUCGGGAUCUAUAUCGUUCAACCGCUGUCAAUAGCCUGGUGUGCAAACCAAGUCACAAGCUCCAACAAACGGGGAACCAUUACAGCGUUUGCGGGAACGAUAGGCCAGGUCGGUGGUAUCAUCUCGGCGGUUGUCUUCCCGUCCAAGGAUAGUCCUCAAUAUCUUCCCGGUAUCAUGACCUGCAUCGCCUUGCAAAUCGCCGGAAUCAUCGCAGCGGCCAACCUAUGGGCCUGUUGCUAUUACGAGAAUAGACAGCGAGAGGCGGGCAAACGAGAUUACUUGUUAGAUUUGUCUCGGGAGGAACAAGAACGGUUGGGGGAGAAACAUCCUGAUUUUCGUUACACCAUGUAA